UUUUGUUUUAAUACCAAAAAUCAUUAUCGCCAAUUUUUUUUCAAAAAUAGUAAAUCCAAGGAGAGAUUCAAAAUUUGGUUUUGAAACGAAAGUCCCGCAAGUAUCUCCUCCUUUACAAAACAGUUCCUCAGAUUCUCAUCUCUUCUUCUGUUUCGAUCCUUCGCCAUCCCGAUACCACACAUUCGCUUACCGUUUGAUCUAUUACAAUAUCACGAUUUGCGCUUCCGUCGUCAUGUGUCUUUAAAUCUCGUUUCUUUCUUGGAAAUCAUCAUCGUGCGAGGAGAGCGAUGGGGGUCGUCUCUAGGACCGUGUUCCCCGUAUGCGAAAGCUUGUGCUGCUUUUGUCCGGCGUUGCGCGCCAGAUCGAGACAUCCCGUCAAAAGAUAUAAACAACUUCUCGCUGAUAUCUUCCCUCGAUCCCUGGAUGAGCAACCUAAUGAUAGAAAAAUCGGUAAGCUAUGUGAAUACGCUGCUAAAAACCCUCUUCGUAUCCCUAAGAUUACAACCUAUCUUGAACAAAGGUGUUACAGGGAGCUGAGAAUGGAGCAGUUUCACUCUGUAAAGAUUGUAAUGUGUAUCUACAAGAAGCUCUUGGUUGCAUGUAAUGAACUGAUGUCGUUGUUUGCUAGUAGCUACCUUGGCCUCAUUCAUAUUCUUUUAGAUCAAUCAAGGUAUGAUGAGAUGCGCAUUUUAGGUUGUGAAGCUCUCUAUGAUUUUGUUACCAAUCAGACAGAGGGCACAUACAUGUUUAACUUAGAUGGGUUGAUCCCAAAGAUCUGUCCUUUAGCUCAUGAAUUGGGAGAAGAAGAAAGGACAACAAACUUGUGUUCUGCUGGUCUCCAAGCUCUCUCAGCCUUGGUUUGGUUCAUGGGAGAAUUUUCACACAUCUCAGUGGAAUUUGACAAUGUCGUCUCUGUUGUAUUAGAAAACUAUGGAGGCCUCAGUAAAUCUUCCACUGAUGCAGUAAAUCAAGAUAACAAGAAUGCUUCUAUUGAUAAAGAGCUUUCUCCCGCAGAAGCUGAAACAAGGAUUGCUUCUUGGACAAGAAUCGUGGAUGAGAGAGGCAAGGCCAUUGUAUCUGUGUGCAGGGAGGAUGCUAAAAGCCCCAAGUUUUGGUCGAGGGUUUGUCUGCAUAAUCUGGCAAAGUUAGCAAAGGAAGCUACAACUGUGCGUCGUGUCCUCGAGUCACUCUUCCGCUACUUUGAUUUCAACGAAGUUUGGUCCACCGAAAACGGUCUCGCUUUAUACGUUCUGCAGGACGUUCAGUUGCUGAUAGAACGAUCCGGGCAAAACACACAUUUCUUGUUGUCCAUCCUGAUCAAGCAUCUUGACCACAAGAAUGUUCUAAAGAAGCCUAGAAUGCAACUGGACAUAGUUUAUGUUGCUACUGCACUUGCACAACAGACUAAAGUUCUGCCAUCCGUUGCGAUCAUUGGUGCGUUAAGUGAUAUGAUUAGGCACUUGAGGAAAAGCAUCCACUGUUCAUUAGAUGAUUCGAAUCUAGGGAAUGAGAUGAUUCAGUAUAAUCUCAAGUUCGAAACUGCAGUUGAACAGUGCCUAGUGCAGUUAUCCCAGAAGGUAGGAGAUGCAGGUCCUAUCCUUGACAUAAUGGCUGUCAUGUUAGAAAGCAUGUCAAAUAUUACAGCAUUUCCAGAUGCACUAUUCCAUCAGUUGCUUCAAGCUAUGGUCUGUGCUGACCAUGAGUCGAGGAUGGGGGCCCACCGUAUAUUCUCUGUUGUUCUGGUCCCAUCUUCUGUUUGUCCGAACUCAGUUCCAAAGUCUAGAAGGCCUGCCGAUAUGCAGAGGACAUUGUCAAGAACCGUGUCUGUGUUUUCUUCUUCAGCUGCACUGUUUAGAAAACUGAACAUGGAGACGGAUAACUCUGUGGAUGAUACUGCAAAGAUUGAGAGAGUUUCUACACUUAGCAGGUCUCAGUCCAAAUUCAAAAGAGGUGAGAGUUUCGACGACGAGGAGCCAAAGAACAAUACUAGUUCAGUGUUGAGCCGGUUAAAGUCAAGUUACAGCCGAACACAGAGUGUGAAAAGGAACCCUUCAUCAAUGGUGUUAGAUCAGAAUUCUUCAGGAAGUUCACCAGAGAAACCAGUGAUACCUUUGAGAUUAAGCAGCCACCAGAUUUGCCUUUUGCUUUCAUCUAUUUGGGUGCAGUCACUGUCUCCUCACAACAUGCCACAAAAUUAUGAAGCCAUUGCUAAUACAUUUAGUUUAGUACUUCUAUUUGGACGGACUAAGAACUCCAGCAACGAGGUAUUGGUCUGGAGCUUUCAGCUAGCAUUUUCUUUGCGGAAUCUGUCACUUGGAGGACCGUUGCAGCCAUCACGGCGUAGAUCACUCUUCACUCUGGCUACAUCCAUGAUUAUUUUCUCAGCAAGAGCCUUUAACAUUCCUCCUCUUGUUAAUAGCGCAAAAACAGCAAUUCAAGAGAAAACGGUAGACCCGUUUCUUCAAUUGGUGGAAGACUGCAAGCUGGAUGCUGUUUUCUAUGGACAAACAGAGCAACCAGCAAAGAACUAUGGAUCAAAAGAAGACGACGAUGACGCCUUAAAUUCGCUUGUGGUUAUAGAAGAAACUACACAGAAUCAACCUCGAGAAUAUUACGCUGCCAUGAUCAUGAAGUUUCUGGGAACACUACCAGAUCAAGAUUCGUCGUCUAUAAAGGAGCAGCUAGUUUCAGAUUUUAUACCUAUCGACGGUUGUCCAGUUGGAACGCAGUUGACAGAAUCUCCGGUUCAACUAUACCGUUCUGAAGAAAAAAACAACAAACCUAGAGAAAAUGCUGAAACUCAGUUGCUAAUACCGGAGAAUGAAGCAGUGCCGAGUCCUCCAGAAGAACAGCUUGCUCUUGACACACAACCUAAUGCCAAAACCGCCUUUCUCCUAAGCAUCGAUGAACUUCUAAACGCAGUUUCUCAGACAACAGCACAGUUAGGAAGAUACUCAGUGUCUGAUCCACCGGACAUGACAUACACGGAAAUGGCAGGACACUGCGAGGCUCUUCUCAUGGGGAAGCAAGAGAAGAUGUCUUUCAUGUCUGCGAAAAGCAACAAAUUCAGCAACCAAACAAAGGAACCUGCUUUGCCUGCUUGUGGUGGGAAUCCUUUCGUGGAUCAGAGAAACUCGUGGGAGAUGAUGGGAUUAGGUGCACCGGCGGCUUCAAAUAUGUGCGUCACAGAGUAUCAAAACCAUCCUCCUUUCUUCAAUCCUCCUUCCUCUACUCCUUUCGACAACUUCCUUAAACCCGUUGGUUCUUCCUGAUUAUAUACAUAAUUACUUUUAUAGAACGCCGAAUAAGUUAUAUGCAGAAGGUAUGUUGUUAGCCUGAAUAAUACUUUUCUUUUGAGUCAAUGAAGGUUUGUUCCUUCAAGAUUUCGGUAACAAAAUUAUCUGUUAGAUUAGCUUCUGGUUUGAUGUCAACCAUACUUGUAGUUAAAGCCGACAUCUACAAACUGUUUUAUAAUGCUAAACAAAAUAUUUCAAAGACUUUACUACAAGGAUUAAACCCCAACUUUAUCAGCUUCCACAUGCACAGAGUUUCAACGAAACAAUUACAGAGUCAUGCAAUAACUACAAUAGACCUGCAAAGAGUUUGUUCUAUUAAAAGAAAUGAAUGCUGCCAUAUGUUUCUUCACGUGCAACGGAGAGCGUUACACAUAGUUAUAGACAUACAACGCGAAAGACCUUAAGCCGCUCUACUACAAACAGACAUGACGGGCAAAACAGGGGACUCGAAAGCGUCUCUUAGAGAGUGAUGAUUUUCCUGACACAGGACCGAACCCACCAGUAGUUUGUCGUAUCGCUCCACCCAGUGAAACUUCAGCUGGCUUGCACCAUAGAACGAUAGAGCCACCAGCGAUGUCAUCACCAAUAUGGUACUGAUCAGCAGAACUAUGAUGGCGAGAACCAUCAUCGGCUUUGAAUUUCCAACAGCGAGGAAAACAGGGAGAGUCGUUGCACAAGGAGAUAGUGCAGGAACAAGGACAAGCCCAGCAACAGCCAUUUUCUCCAUAGGUUGGUUAUGAGAAUGAGUGUGACCACCUUUACCAGCUAAAAACAGCAAGACAUAGCUUCCACCGAGAAUUACAAGCAAAAGGGAAGCAAGUUUGUGAACAGUCUCUUCACCGGCGAUGGUAUUCGCCAUUGUGAUCGCUGUUAUACCAAGAAGGGCAGUGGAUAUGACAUGCAGGACUGCUCCAAAUGCAGUGACGAAGAGGGUUCUAGAAAGCGUCCAUUUCUGCGCGCGUCCAACGAUGGAGAAAGGUAACCAGUGCGUCGGAAUAAACGAGUGAAGGAGCGAGACGGUGGCUAUUCCUCCGAUCGUCGACAGAUCCUCCGCGGUGAAAGUGUCCAUUCUUCUUCGAUUUCAGGUCUCAAGAUCAGCUGCUCGAUUUGAGUCUAACGAUGAGCAAAAUAUAAGGGAGAUUUACAUUUGAAUCUUCUCGGAUUUCAUGGGGGAAUGAAGAAGAUCUGAGGAAGAAGAAACUCGAGAAGCAAAAACAGUGAACUACGCCAUAGCCCAAAUAACC